AUGGUGUGGGAAGAUUGUGAAGAUGAAGUAAGUGAGUCAAGUGGAGAAGCUAAAGUAGCAGUUAUGGUACAAAGUCCAGAAGUUACUAUAUCAAUUGAACCACCUUCACUUGUGAUCUUAGAUCUUUUGGCAAAUACUUGGAGAUGGUGUGAUAUGCACACUUUGAGUACUGUUUUUGAAUUGGAGGAUCAGUGUUUUGGGAAAGUUACGAAGGAUGAUAAAGGGGGGAAGACUGAGAUUUUUGUGCUGCAAUUUGGUGGGAAAGUUACUAAGUGGCAGCUCAUUCACCCUCCUUUAGGAGCUAAAGGGAUAGGGGUCAUGGAAGGAACUCAAGUACAAAAUCUUGCUAUUGAGGUUAAGGUGGGGCAUAUGGAUCUUUGGUUGUCAAAAUCUAGUCAGUUGGGGCACGAUCAACAAAUGGAAAUGCAGAUAAAAGAUUUGGUAAAGUUUUUUGAAACCAAUUCCAGAAACAACUCACAAGCAGAAAUCCCACAAAUAGCAGCAAUGAUAAUGGUAGGAGACUAUGCUGGUACUGCUACUACAUCUGAACCUACUACCAUGUCAGUAGUAGACAACUGCACACAAAGUCUUGUGAUAUCAACAAGUCACAUGCAGUGGAAAGAAGAGACUGAAUUUGUUUAG